AUGUCCAGGAACUAUGAGGUGAGUAACAUGUAGGCUAUUAUAAUUCUAUUCUAUUCUAUGUUACAGUACCUGGUCAUACAUUGCCUAGUAAUGUUGAGUUAUGACCUGACUGUAUUGGAUGGUUUGCUAGGCCUACCUCUUGGAGAAACAACCUAAGCACUGUAGCCUACCUAAUAAGUUAGAAUAAAGCGUGGUAUAAAAACACAAACAAAAAACAAACAAAUAAUCAAGUCAGUCAAUGAUACCCUUGAAGAAAGACACCAACCACUAUAUUCUCCUCCUCUGCUUACCUCCAAGCCUAGUCACUCAGUAGGGAUGUUGGCUGCUGUGGAACAUGGUCCCAUCCUCUGCAGCGACUCCAACAUCCUCUGCCUCUCCUGGAAGGGCCGGGUCCCCAAGAGCGAGAAGGACAAGCCUGUGUGCCAGCGGCGCUACUAUGAGGAGGGCUGGUUGGCCACAGGGAACUGUAGAGGGGUGGUGGGCGUGACGUUCACAUCCAGCCACUGCAGGAGAGACAGGAACACCCCUCAGAGAAUCAACUUCAACCUGCGAGGACACAACAGUGAGGUGGGUCUUGUUCUUUUCCGAAACUGCGUUUAUCUGCAGAAUGAAUCAAAAACACCUUCAUAUAAACACCCAUAUUUAAGCUGACAAUCAUCACAAAAUAGCAUUUUGUGUUAGUAUGAAAUAGACUAUGUAGAGUAGGUGGAGGAAGUGGACUGUUUUGUAUUUUCUCUCUUUCAGUGUGUGUAUCCCAUGUUGAAUAUGAAUUGUAUUCCACUUUCACAUUUCUAGAGAGCCCCCUGUGUUUGUGGAGUGUAAUAGCAGUUGCAUACUUCCCUUUGCAGGUUGUGUUGGUUCGUUGGAAUGAGCCCUUUCAGAAGUUGGCCACGUGUGACAUGGAGGGAGGCAUCUUCGUCUGGAUUCAGUAUGAGGGACGGUGGUCUGUAGAGUUAGUGAAUGACCGUGGUGCCCAGGUAGGUAUAAGAUGCCCAGGUAGGAUAUUUUGUAUUUAUUUUUAUUGGGAAAGAUAACGUAUUGGUGAAAACAUUAUGUAAUGCUGGAAAGAUAAUAUAAUGGAUGCAUUUCUACUCUCUCCAUCAGGUGAGUGAUUUCACGUGGUCCCAUGAUGGCACUCAGGCCUUGAUCGCCUACAGGGAUGGGUUUGUCCUGGUGGGGUCGGUCAGCGGACAGAGACACUGGUCCUCAGAGAUCAACCUGGAGAGCCAGAUCACCUGUGGCAUCUGGACACCUGACGACCAACAGGUAGGUACACCUGAACAAACCUGGUUUCUGGCUGAACCUAAACAAAACAUUUAGCAUUUAUUGCCCUUUUACAAACAAAUAAGAUACAUUUUAUAGUAUUGACCUUUUUGUCACAGGCAAACAAUAUAUGAAAUCAUCUGUUGGUUUCGGGGACACAGAUUUAGCCUAGUCCUGGACUAAAAAGCAUGUUCAUUUGAGAUUCUUGCAUACUUGUUUGUCUAUUGCCUGUCCAGGAGAUGUACUUGUACAUCAAGCUGCCUCAUGCUGCAGAGAAAUUUGAUAGGCUCCUGCCCCUAUGGGUCGUUCUGGCUCGGACAAGGCUUUCUUACUCUUGUCCUGGACUAGACUCAAUCUUUGUCCAGGAAACCAGCUCCAUGUAUGCUUUCUCUCAGAAAAUAAUGAUUCCUGCCCACUUUACUUCAGGUGUUGUUUGGUACAGCCGACGGUCAGGUGAUAGUGAUGGACUGUCAUGGUCGCAUGCUGGCCCAUCUCCUGCUACACGAGUCAGAUGGCAUCGUCGGCAUGUCCUGGAACUGCCCCUGCUUCCUAGUGGAGGACAGCACAGAAAGCGACACUGACUCUGAUGACAAUAACCCACCUCAAGGUAACACAUUGUUUUAACGCUAGAACAAAGAUCAAAUGAGAAAGAGAACAUCCAUGUCUUGUACCUCUAUCAAACGUAAAAAAGGAGAUGUGAUAAUAUUUUUUACCUCUACUGUGAACACUAUGAUCGUGCACAUUGGCCAGGAGGCUAAUGUGUUUAUUUCUCUCUCCCAAGUGCGUAUCCUGAAGCCCCUUCUGACAGUUAGCUUCAUAUCAGGAGACAUCAGUUUGAUGAACAACUAUGAUGACCUCGCUCCUACCGUCAUCCGCUCAGGACUCAAAGGUAAUUACUUUUUCAAUCUUCUAUAUGUGGGACCAAAUGUGUCGUGACUGAGUCUCUCCUGUUCAGAUGUGGAGGUCCAGUGGUGUUCUCAGGGGGACCUCCUGGCGGUAGCUGGAAUGGAGAGACAUGGGCUCCCUGGAGUCCCCUCUGACUCUAUCAUGAGGAACGCCCUGGUCAAAUUCUACAACAUCCAAGGAGAACAUAUCUACACGUUAGAAACACCUGCCCAGGUGAGCUCCCCUCUUUGAUUCACUUUUCUGAAAUGUUAUAGUAUGAUAUUUUCAAACUGGUUAUAAUCUGUUUGUGAUGGCAUAAUUUCAACCAGUUUUGCCUUCUGGGUAGGUCCUCUGACACGUAUUAGUCAAAGUCUAUAAGUCAUCUGAAAUCUUCAAUGAAUAACUACAAUAUUAACAGAAAUUAUACUUAAGAUGAAAUGUACUGUUGCCACACUUCCAAGUCUUGUUCAGUGGGCUAUGGAGAAAGCCAUAGAAUGUGAAUACAACAGAACAGGGCUGACUGGAGACCUGCCUUGUCAACCUUUGCCUUGCAGUGUCCCAUCACCACCAUCUGCUGGGGCCACAGAGACUCUCGUCUGUUCCUGGCGUGUGGCCCGGUGCUGUACGUGGUGCGUGUGGAGCACCGGGUGGCCAGCCUGCAGCUGCUGUGCCAACAGGGCAUCGCCAGCGCCCUGCGGGAGGAGAGGGACGUGGGCAAACUCAACAUGCCCUCCAUACUCUGCUCCUACGUCACAACCGCCUUCAUACCCACCAUCAAGGUAAAAUGAGCUUUAUUCAGUUGGCUACUGUAGGUUAUUAUCUGAUCUCAAAGCCAUCUGGACUUGUUCAUUUCAAAAUCACAGCACCCCUUGGUCGUAACCCUUCAAUGUUUCUAGAUCUGAAAGGUACAGGGGAUAUGCUGGAAGCUCCAUCACUACCCUGAGUGUACCUAUCCAGAUCCUAACGAUCUAAAGGGGUAAGGGCCAAGGGGAAAGGGUAGGGAUAGUGAGCGGAAAACAACCAACUGUUCAUGCUUUUCUCUUGUUUCUCUAGCCUCCUAUUCCUGAUCCCAACAACAUCCGGGACUUUGUCAGCUACCCCACUGCUGGCAACGAGAGGCUGCACUGCACCAUGAAGCGAGCGGAGGACAACCCCGAGGCAGGGGGACCCUGUUACACCCUCUACCUGGAACACCUAGGGGGGCUGGUGCCCAUCCUCAAAGGCAGACGCAUCAGCAAGCUACGGCCAGAGUUCAUCAUCAUAGACCCUAAAACAGACAGCAAAGCAGGUGGGAUUGGCACAGUAAAAUGUAUUAUAAUGUGCUUUCAAAAAUAGAUAGUAUGUUACGCACAAACAGCACAUUUUAGACCGGUCGAUCACGAUUGAUGAGUUGGGCAACCUUACUAUUGUGUGUUCAGAUGUAUAUUGCAAUUUUUUCCAGAAGUUCUACAGUUCUGACCUGUUCAUAGAGGUUGAGUCAAAGAUUAUUUUUAAUUUGUUGUUUGUUUGUUUGUUUGUUUAUUUGUUUGUUUGCUUGUUUUGUUUUUCAGAUGAGGUGUGUGUGAAUGCUAUGAUCUCCUACAUGACUGACAGCUGUAACUGUUCCGACUCCAGCGACAUUGAGUUGAGUGAUGAGUGGGUCGGGAAGAAGUCACCUAAACUAUCCAGAGGAAACAGAUCACCCAAGCUUUCCAGGUAUCUUUCAUUACAAUGGUCUGGACUCUGGAAGAAUGACAUUAUAAGACUAAUGUUUACCAUAUUCAACCCUAAUCCUAACCAUUACCUUUAGUAGCUGAUGUUAUACAAAAGUUCAAACUUCUUCAAUAUGUCAUACUGAUAAUUAUAUUUGUUUUAAAUGUUAUUUGUUAAUCAUUUUAAAUUGGUCUAUUUUGCCUUUAUUUGCUGUUUGUUUUGGUUGUUAUUUGGCGUAGAAGGAACAUGGAAUCUAGAAAAUCUCCCAAAAUGUCCCGGGCUAGUCAGGAAGGCCCACGAUCACCACGGUUACCAACAAAGAAGCCUCCAAUUCGAUCUCCCAGUCUGACGCGUCGAGAGAUGUCCAUGGAUGGAAUCUCUGAGGUAUUGUCUGAAUAUGUGUCGUGUGGAAAGUAGGUAUAGUGGUUCUUUAGUGGUUAGGGGCUGAAACUGUGGUUUCCGCAUGUUUAGAUUUAGCCACGUCUGGCUAGUGCAUGCAAUAUCUACAUCAUUAAAAAAAAAAUCUAUUUGCUUGAUUUCACAGCAUAAUUAUCUUGCUCAAGUCACGUCCAAUAUAUGGGGGACAAAGUUCAAAAUCGUUGGACUUGCUUCUUUCCUACCUGCUAAUCUUGGUGCAGGUAAGAUCUCAAAAAUGUGUAGAGAAGAAAAUGUACUGAAAUCAAACACGGCCAUAUUUACAGAAUGUAUCUUUUAUUUUUAAACAUUCCUUUACAUUGACUGCUCCAUUUCAGAUUUCAUUCCAAUUUGAUUUUAGAAAUGUUUACCUCUGUUUUAGUUAUCUAUAAGACCAGUUUGCUCCAUCUACAACCAAGGCAGAUGACAAUCUACCUUCCGGAGGUGCGGAAAAUAUCACUUGACUUCAUGAGCCUGCCUGUCUUUAACCCAAAUGUCUUCAGUGAGGAUGAGGAUGACUUGCCAGGUAAGUCAUGAAUGAAUGAACAAUUAAACAAACUACCAAAUAAUUGAUACUGGAAUUAAGUAUCACGUGCAAGUUUACAUGAAUUUCGGUUGGAUGUUGACUUCUGUUUAGUAAUGAAUGUAAUUCAUAACAAUACCUAAAGUUAUUGGAAUAUUCUUUGACUUGUCUUUCAGUGAUGGGACCAUCUGGAGUGACAAGUGACAACCCUCCCUGUACGGUCAACAUCCCCAUCGCACCCAUCCACAGCCCUGCCCAAGCUAUGUCCCCCACUCAGAGUAUUGGUCUGGUCCAGUCCCUGCUGGCCAAUCAGAACAUCCAGCUGGAUGUCUUGACCAAUUCCACGGCUAUGGCUUCAGCAGCAGCGGCGGCGGCCGCUGCAGCUGCAUCAGCCUCUAUUGCAGGGUCUGAUCACAGUCAGAAUGCAGUAGCAGCGCAGUACAGUGGGACUCUGGGAAGGUACUCCAACCCAGGACAGGUGACCUUUAACGGGCUAGAGAUGGGUCCCCUCCUAGCUGGAACGCUACCUCCACCUCUGCCUCCACAUCACCUCCCUCAACAACCUCAACAACAACGUCCUCAGUCACAACAGACACACCAACAACAGCAGUCCAAAACAACACAGCAGAUACAAACCCAACAGCAGCAGCAGCAACAACAACAGAGAAUUCAACAGCAUCAACAACUACAGCACCAACAACAGCAGAUUCAACAACAACAACUACAACAGCAUCAUAUACAGCAGAUCCAACAGCAGCAGCAGCAACAGACUCAGCAGCACCAAGCACUGCAACAACAGCACCAACAACAACAGGCGGCACUGCAACAGCAACAACAGCAGAUCCAACAGCAGCACCAACACUUGCAACAGCAGCAAAUCGCUCAGCAGCACCAACAGAUGCAACUACAACACGAGCAAAUGCAUCAGCAGCAGCAACAAAUGCAGCAGCAACAACAGCAGAUCCGACAGCAGAUUAUAGAGAUGAGGCAGCAACAACAGCAGCUGCAGCAGCAGCAUCACCAGAUACAACAGCAACACCAACAGAUGCAGAGGCAGCACCAACAAAUGCAGCAGCAAAUGAAGCUGCAGAUCACCUUGCCCCCUCCGCCUACUGGCUAUCCCACCAUCUCUCUGCAGCAGUUCCAGGUACUGCAACAGAUACCCCACCCCAGUGCAGAGUUGGGACCAGAAAGAGGAGAGCAGGGGCAUAGUCAGAGCCAUACUCUGGGCAGGCCAAGUCUACCGCGGUCAAGGCCUCCAUCAUUCAUUGACGUAGACAGCUUACGGUCUAGGCCUCCUUCCUUCAUCGAAGCGGACACAUCAAGAUCUAGACCGCCGUCAUUCAUCGACAUAGACACAAUACGGACUAGACCUCCUUCUUUCAUUGAUGCAGAUACAGGUACAUUGCGGUCUAGACCCCCGUCUUUCCUCGAUGCGGACUCCUCCCGAUCCAGACCUCCUUCAUUCAUAGACACAGACACACUACGGUCCAGACCUCCUUCCUUCCUCGAUGCAGAGACUUCCCUUGAGAUCCAGAUGAGAAAGGUGAACCCUCCACCACCCUACCCAGGCACCGUAGUGUCUGCAGCCACCGCCACAACCUCCACCACUCCUCAGACCCUCAUCACCAACUGUGACAACCCUAGCAUACUGGUCACAGCAGACCCGUGUCUGAAGAAAGACGAGUUCUCACUCCACCCAGUUGGUCUCCAGUAUCAGAUGGGAUACGAGAGGAUCACAACCUUUGACAGCAGUGGGAAUGUAGAGGAGGUGUGUCGCCCUCGCAGAAGACUCAUACGCAACCAGAACACCUACGCUGCUCAAGGCAUGGGAGGUUCGGCCACACUUAAAGUCACCUCAUCGUCUGACAGUAAGAAAGUCCAGCUUCCUUACAGCUCAGCAACUCUAAGCCGCCUCUCGGUGCCACGAUACUCCAUACCCAGCGGAGACCCGCCCCCCUACCCAGAUCCAGCCAAUCAGGUUAACAUUAACACGACGACACUUCCUCCUCCCCAACGCAUGGACAGUAGUCACAUGAUUCACGCCACCUUGCGACCUGACCGGCGAGACGUGGAAUCCCGCCUGAAGGUGUCCCAGAUGGUUGACGCUUCAAGGACUCUACCAACCAAGUCUAAGAUCAACAGUGCUGCCCUAGCGCUCUCUUACCAGCAGAGGGUGCCCACGGCUCUGUAUACCUGCACUCAGUGCAGCAGCAACAGCAGCAGCACCAGUGUCAGUGUUAGCGGUGGUGGUAGUAGCAGCAGUGGCAUCGCAGGAGGCACUGUAGUGCGACAGGAUUUCCCACCAGGAAAAGUUGCACAUCACAGCACCAUCAUUGUUCACUCUAAAAGCACUUCCCCUCAAGCUUCUCAGUCGUCUUACAAUCUGCUGAGUCCUAUUGAUAACAGCAGGGAUAGGACUGUGUAUGUGAACUCUGCCUUUACCGAAGACGAGACAUUAAGUCAGCAGUGUCGUCACUUGACACUUGGGGAGGUUAGUUUGACUCUGAAACGUCCCCCACCAUACCAGUGGGACCCCAACACCUCAGAGGAGUUCUGGAUACCCCCAGAACAGACUAUCUUAGCUCCCCCUCCACCACCAACGCACAAACCACCACCCCCGCUCAUCUUCAGCAAUGCUCAGCAUCUGGACAUGACACGGCUGCCUUUCGUACUCUCAACAAAACCUCCCAGCAGCCCAAGUACUGUUACUUUCCCAUCGGGCUACCAGAUCUCUCUGUCACCUUUCCCUGCAGGGGUAGGUCAGGGUGGAUCCCCACUCCAGUCCAUGCAGAGCCUUCCACCACCCUGCCCUCCCAACGAAGUAGUUGCCCCAGUCCCCCAGUUUGCCCAGCAGGACCCCAACCUGGUCUUGCCACCUGGAUACCCUCCCAACCAUGCCAACCUAGCUUGCUGCCCACUGCCCCCAAUGUACCCAGGGGCCACAUCCUGUGCCGGGCUUCAGCAGCACCCUGUUAGCCUGCACCCCUGGAACCCAUAUAGCCUACCCAUGCAGGACCCGUCAGGCUCUGCCACCCUCCCCAGCAAGUCUCAUCAGGUGUUAGAGAAGCCAGUCCUCUCCCCACCUCCUCCUACUGCUCCUCCUCCCCCACCUCCUUCACUUCCUCCUCCUCCUCCACCAACCGAGCUGCCGAAACCCAAAAGCCCUACAGAGGAGCUAGCAGAAUCUGCCAGUAGCUUCCAGGAGCCGUCUUCUCUAAACCAAAGCCCUGUUCCAGACCGACAGGGGUCCGACAGGUUCAGCAAGAAAAGUCGUAAACGUCUGGACAGCCGAGCCGAGGAGGCAAACAUGACCCCCGUCUCAGAGGGAAAAUCCAAAAAGGAAGGGCGCGCCCUCUCCGACUUCAACUCCCUAAUCUCCAGCCCCAGGCUUGGCUGCAGGGAGAAUAAGAAACCCAAAGGCCAGAGGGAGCAGCUGAACAAAACCAAGAAGCUCAACAGGACCAGUACCACCAGCGAGUUCCAGGACAGUUCGGAGAGCGAGCCUGAGCUCUUCAUCAGCGGAGACGAACUGAUGAACCAGAGCCAGAGCUCCAAGAAGGGUUGGAAGAGUAAGAGGAGCCUGAGGAUGGCCAGUGAACUGGAGGAGAUUAAGUGCAGGAAGGCCAAUGAGAGAGAGGACCGCGGGCUGGGCAGCCAGGGAUUCGUCUACGUCAUGGCCAAUAAGCAGCCACUCUGGAACGAGGCCACACAGGUCUACCAGUUGGACUUCGGAGGACGGGUCACUCAGGAGUCUGCUAAGAACUUUCAGAUCGAGCUGGACGGGAGACAGGUACAAUUUUGCUUCCAUUAUUUACUGAACCCUAGAUACAUUGUAAAAAAAGAACCACCUAUAUAUCAUUUAGAAUAUGAAAUCUGUUUGUGGUUGCUUUAAAUAUAAGUUUAGCCUCCAGUCUCUCUGGAGGCCUGGUUUCAGAUCCCACCGCUGCCACUAACUGUCACAUUGACCUGUUUAUGGCAGAGAUGUGUCAGGACUCAAAUUGAGCUCCAGGCAGCAGUGGCGUAGCCAGAAAUUCAUUGGUGGGUGGGCCUACAGAAAUUUGGGUGGGCCAAUUUUAUUUUUUUUUGGGGGGGGGGGGGGGGGGGGGGGUUGGGGAAAACUUCCUUAUUUCUGUUUUCCUGUCUCUUUUCCCCCCGUCUUUCUACAGGUGAUGCAGUUUGGCAGAAUCGAUGGGAACGCAUAUAUCCUGGAUUUCCAGUAUCCUUUCUCAGCAGUGCAGGCCUUUGCUGUUGCCUUAGCCAAUGUUACUCAAAGGCUGAAGUAAGAGACUGCUCUAACC